UUGAUGUGAACAGUGUACUGACUGUAAGAUCAAGACCAAACCUGCUAUUUAUGAGAAAACUUGUCUUUGGGUCUCAGGUCUUGGUGGUUCCGGUCUUCAUGCUGCUGUGGGUGACUCUACUGGUUCUGGCUCCUGUCAGUGAACAACUUGUAACUCCAUCCAAAUCCAUAAUUUCCCUUCAAUUUCCAUGGACCGUUUUCUUCCAAGGAGAGAGCAUGGAUCUGACCUGCAAACGAUCUAGUUCCCACUCCCUAUGGACAACAAAAUGGUACUUUGAGGGAAAAGUAUUAAAAAAAACCCCAAAAAGCACCCUAAGGGUUCGUGAAUCUGGAGACUACAAAUGCCAGGCUGAUGGCUUGCCUGUAAGCGACCCUGUGCACUUGGAAUUCUCUACAGCUCCACUGAUCCUACAGGGUCCACCUUAUGUGUUCGAAGGAGACUCCAUGCUUCUAAGGUGUCGGACAAAAGCAAAAACUGAACUGAAUACUGUAGUAUUUUUUAAGAAUGGUGAACGCCUGAUGUUACCUAAUAAUAGUUCUGAUCUGCACAUUGAUGAUGCCGAUCUGGUGCACAAUGGUCACUAUCACUGUGGUGGCUAUAUUCACACGUGCUGUGCAGCUUCUUCCAAUAGAGUCAGCAUCCAAAUCCGAGUGCUGUUUCCACGUCCCGUGCUGAGAAGCAGCUCCUCUAAGCCCACGGAGGGAAGUCCAGUGACGCUGACCUGUCAGACUCAGCUCCCUCCAGAGAGGUCAGAUGUCCAGCUCCAGUUCUGCUUCUUCAGAGACAGUCAGGCUCUGGGGUCAGGCUGGAGAAGCUCCCCAAAGCUCCGGAUUCCCGCCCUGGGGACAGAGGACUCAGGGUCCUACUGGUGCCAGGCAAAGAGAGUGAAUUCCCACCUUCUGAAAGAGAGUUGGAAGAUCUCCAUCACUGUGUGGGCUGCUGUGUCUCAGCCUGUCCUCACCCUCAACCCUGCUAAGAACUGGCUCCUUGAAGGAACCUGGUUGACACUUCACUGUGAAGUCCAGAGAGGUUCUCCCCCGAUCCUGUACAAGUUUUAUCAUGAUUCUGUCUCCCUGGGGAGCAGCUCAACCCCCUCUACAGGAAGAGCAUCCUUGGGCAUCUCUCUGACCGCACAACAUUCUGGGUUCUACUACUGCACUGCUGAUAAUGGAUUCAGCCCCCAGCGCAGUGAGGCUGUGAGGCUCUCCGUCUUGGUUCCAGUGUCCCGCCCUGUCCUCACCCUCAGGGAUCCCAGCAUCCGUCUUGUGGUGGGGGAUGUGAUGGAGCUUCACUGCGAGUCCCUGAGCGGCUCUCCUCCGAUCCUGUACAAGUUUUAUCAUGAGGAUGUCACCCUGGGGAGCACAAUGUCCCCCUCUGGGGGAGGAGCCUCCUUCAACCUCUCCCUGAUGGAGAAACAUUCUGGAAACUACUCCUGUGAGGCUGAGAAUGACCUGGAGAUCCAGCACAGCGAAUUGGUGACUGUCAUCGUCACAGUUCCAGUGUCCCGCCCUGUGCUCACCCUCAGGGCUCCCAGGGCCCAGGCUGAGGUGGGGGACGUGGUGGAGCUUCACUGUGAGGCCCUGAGGGGCUCUCCCCCGAUCCUGUACCAGUUUUAUCAUGAGGACGUCACCCUGGGGAAUAGCUCGGCGCCCUCUGGGGGAGGAGCAUCCUUCAACCUCUCCCUGACUGCAGAACAUUCUGGAAACUACUCCUGCGAGGCCGACAAUGGCCAGGGUGCCCAGCGCAGUGAGGCGGUGGCACUUUUCAUCCCAGGGCUAACGGAGAGCCGAAGUGGUCCUGUGGCCCCAGGAGUCACUGGGGGGUUGCUGGGGAUGGUGGUCCUUGCUGCUGGCGCACUGCUCUUCUACCAUUGGCUUUCGAGGAAAGCAGGGGGACGGACUGCCUCUGACCCCUCCAGGCAUUCUUCAGACUCCAACCCCCAGGACCCCACCUACCACAAUGUGCCAGGAUGGAUAGAGCUGCAGCCAGUGUACAUGAAUGUAAAUUCUAGAGGAGAAGACGUGGUUUACUCUGAAGUGUCGUGCCUCCAGAAGGAAAGCAGAAAUUCAGCGGCCUCUGCACACAGCCUCAGCCAUCAGACGGACUCCUCUGUCAUCUACGCCAAGGUGAAGAAGGCAUGCACCCCAGCCUCCGGGCCCCACCAGCUGGCCUCCCCAGCUCCUCACAGAUGAGUCCACGCAUCUCCCCAACUGCUGUCUCAGCCUCUGAAUCCCAGUGUUCUCCGUGGGGAAGAAGGAGCAUUGAAAUGGGAAGAUUGAAGCCACCCCAGGCCACAUCCAGCAGCUUUUGUGUCAAAUGCUCUCUGUCUGCACCGAGCCCAGAGCCCUGCUGGACUCCCACUUAUUCCCUAGGUUGCAGCGUUGCCCUAGUGGCUCCUUUUUAAUCUAGUGAUAGGUUGUUCCCAACUCGGGGCCCAUUACAUCUCCAGGCUUCCUUAGUGAGUGUCAGCUCGGGUGGGUCCUGACAGUCCUCAAUUCCAGCAGGGAGGUCCUGCCCGCGUGGGUACACUUCUCAAUUGCUAUCAACAUCCUGGGAAGACUGCAGUAGCCUGCCAGAUGGGAAGCACACGCCCCAAGGAUGAUGGACACCAUAUGGAUAUCCUUCUAGUGGGACUGCACUUUAUGCUUUUCCACCUGUCUGAAUCUCCAAGGUCACCUGACUUGAGACUAACUUCUCUCCUGCGCCUGUGCCAACAUCUGUUCAUCCAAGUGAGUGGAAUUUGCACUCCGGUUCCCAGGUCUUCCCCAACCUUCCAGGAUGCCCAAGGACACGGCUAGAAUGCAUAUUGGAAUAUAUGCAAAUUACCAUUUGACUGAAUGAAUGAAGAAGAAACUAUGGGUAAUCAAACUGGCAUCUGAUCCAACUUAGCAUGCUCCUGAGAAAAAUUCAGGAGGUACUUCUGUUUCCUCUGAGCAAGAAAUAAAAGAGAAGCAGGAGGGGUGAGGAAUUUGGCUUAUCAAGAAAGAGGAUUUCUCAGACUUUAAUGUGCCUCCGGAAUACCUGAGUAUCUUACGAAAUUGCAGAUCCUGGCUCCGUGAGGCUGGGUGGAGCCUGGGAUUCUCUGUAACAAACUUCCAGGUGACGCUGAUGCCACAGGUCCAGAAACCGUACUGAGAGCUGAGGUGCAGGAGGCCUGGCUGCCCUCCAUGUAACUCCUCGGGGGGGCUUGCACACAGAUCACACUGUUCCUGAAGCUGUCCUUCAGCAAGAGCACCACCAGCUGCUGUGGCAUACAGAAAUUCCCUGCAGCAUAUUGGGUUUUAUCAACCACCCUGGGUGGGGGAAGGUGGCUGCCACCAUCUUUGUUUCCCCACACUUUCCCAUGAAGAGUGAAUGAACACCCUAUGCAUCAACAUGCCCUCCAGACCCUGCCCCUAGUUGGGAGGUGCUCUUCUCCAUUUCCUAGCUCAGCCCUUCUGCAAUUCCUUCUCCUGAAAGGCCUUUCCUAUCAUCUCCAUCUACUGUAAUUCUGCCCUUUCCCUAAGCCCCACCAGUGUCCACCCCACCAUCUCUCCUUGGGCACCUAUGGCACUUUGACAGACUUGCAAUUACCAUUGUCAAUGUGGGGAGACAACUGAAAGUUGGUUAGGACAACCCUAAUUUUGCAGCAAGAAAUUGAGAACCAGAGAAUUGGGAGGAAACCAGAUGAUGAUGAUCACAUAGCCAGGUAGUAGCAAAGCCCAAACUAAAGUAAACCCAGGGCUCCCGACCCCCAAGACCACAUUCUUUCCUCCACAUCUCUCUUCUGUUGCAGAAACAUGGGGCUGGGGGGCAUUUCUGGUUCUCCAACAACUGCGAGAGGCCAUAAAAGCAAAGCCUGACUCCAGCUGAUGUACACACAGAGCCCAGCAUGGUGCCUGGCAUACAGAUGGCUUUCAGUAAAUCAUUGUCAAAUUGAAUGUUGGGAAGUCUCCCAAUGAAUGCACAUCAUCUCCACAAAUUUAUCCGUAUCUUUACUGACUGACUCUUAUUCCAGGGGAAUGCAAUUCAUGUCCUCAGAUCUCAGAAUGCUUGGGGAUACCAAUAAAAUAAUUUCUGUCAGACCAA